AUGAUGAAGCCAUCUAUGGCCUCAGCUGUGCCGAACGAAAAACGGCAUGAAAUGAAGAAAUGGGAAGGAAACUUUUGUGGGCCCUACCUCAUAUAUGCAUGUAUAUAUCUUGUGAGAGCGCAAGUUUCAGAUGCAUGUAAGGUUAGAUUGACGUUUUUUCCCUCGAUAUUGGUAUCUCCACACGUGGUAGAUAGGGCAGCGGGAAACCGAAAAGUGGGCAAUUGCAUCGCAACUGUAGUGAAAGCAAGUUUUGCGAUCGAUAUCGAUGGCGAUAUCGAUGGAAAAAGUCAUCUGUUUUCUCGUGUUCGUGUCACCAUCCGUUAUCUUCCCGUGAAAGGGUGUGAUGCAGUGAUCACCAGAUCACGAGAUAAAUUGCUCCACUCCCCCUUCUCCAACCCCAAAUGUUAA